AUGUGGCCUGAGUUUGUGGCUAGCAAGAUCCUGAGGAAUAUGUUGGGUAGCAACAACUUGGUUGUAGACCUUCCAAAUUCCACAGAGACCAUGUUAGAGCUAGAAGAAACUUCUAGUUCUUCAGUUCCACCUUCGCUCAUCAGUUCCAAGAAAUACAUCACUGAUGAUCAGGAUAAACACAAGAUCUUUGUUGGCACAUGGAAUGUUGGAGGCAUUGCACCACCUGAUGAUUUGAACAUGGAAGAUUGGUUAUGCACACGGACUGAACCUGCUGAUAUCUAUGUUCUUGGGUUCCAAGAAGUCGUGCCUCUCAGUGCUGGAAACGUUGUUCCAGGUUUUGAAAACAGCAAGAUUUGCACCAAAUGGAAUUCUCUUAUCAGAGAAGCUCUGAACAAUAGUACUUCGAAACCUGUUCACGAAGAUAAGGUAGGAGAUAAUUCUCUCGGCAAAAGCAGCAAUAUUUUUCCUCACUGCUUUGAUUGUAUCAUAAGUAAGCAAAUGGUUGGAAUUUUUAUCACUAUUUGGGUUCGAGGUGAUCUCCUUCCAUACAUACAACAUCCUAGUGUCUCAUGUGUAGGCUGUGGCAUCAUGGGCUGCCUAGGCAACAAGGGAUCUGUCUCAGUUAGGUUUUGCUUGCAUGAAACAAGCUUAUGUUUCGUGUGUAGUCAUCUGGCUUCUGGAGGGAAAGAAGGAGAUGAAAAGAAUAGAAAUGCCGACGCUACUGAAAUCUUGUCACGCACAAGAUUUUCUCGUGGCCCCUUGCGCAAUUUGCCACGCAAGAUUCUUGAUCACGAUCAGGUAAUCUGGCUUGGAGAUUUGAACUACAGGAUAUACCUGCCUGAUACUAAAACAAGAUAUUUAGUACAGAAAAAAGAGUGGAACAUCUUGUUAAAAAAGGAUCAGCUUAAGGCCGAGCUCAUGGAAGGUCAUGUAUUCCAAGGUUGGAAUGAAGGAAAAAUUGAAUUUGCACCUACUUACAAGUACUAUCAGAAUUCACAAGUCUACUAUGGCUGUGAUCAGAAGAGGAAGGGUGAAAAGAAGCGUGCUCCUGCAUGGUGCGAUCGAAUAAUUUGGUUUGGAAAGGGACUGGAGCAGGAACAAUACAGCAGAGGUGAAUCUAGAUUGUCUGACCAUAGACCUGUCCGGGCAAUCUUCACAGCAGAAAUCGAAGUCUUAAAACAAGCUUCUAUUUACGAGAAUAAUAGCAGUAACUAUAAACAAGGGGCACUGUGCAUAUGUAAGAUCAAGAGAUUCGAUCCACUGAUCAAGACAGACGUCCACAAUGGCAUCCAUGAAACCAAAAUCGUCAUGUAG